UGGUGUUGAUUGGACAGCUGAUGGUUCUAGACAGGAGUAGUUGUGUCCAUGUCAUUACUUGCGCUCUCUAUUGUAUCUGGAUUUAGCUGAGGAGCAUGGCGUAUAGCCAUCUCUUGUCGGAGCUGAAGGCUAGCUACUUCGACGGACUGCUUCCGGAGCUACGGUCGAUAUGGGAGCCUUGUGGCGAGUCCUAAAGUUAUUUGGACUCCUUUUGAAUUUUGAAUUGAAUUGUAUUACUUUGAUGGGUUGAGUUAUUCCAUGUUGAUUGAUAGAUAUGUGAGUAUGAGCAUUUCCCCAGCGUUCCGCCUCCUCGCCCUUUUAAUGAGGCUUACCCUUUCGAUGCCUCCUAAGUCGGGGCGUUGUGAACUGAUACUUCUAUGGUCUCCGAUUCUCACAUAUGGAAAAUUCUCUGCCUGCCUUAAAUCUUGUUCUCAUGGCGGUCAAGUCAGAUCCCCCUUUCUCUUAGAUCUAUUAUCCAUGGAGGUGCAGGUUUCAUAUUGUGCAAGUGCUGCUAGAAUUCAUGCCACAUUAGUGCAAAAGAAAAGCAUGUUUAUACCUACACUUAUUAGGUUUGCUUUUGACAAAGGGACGAUGAAAAUGGAUGAUGUUGCUACCAUUGGUGUGACAUUCGGUUCAUUGUCUUUAUCUCUGAGCUGGAAUAUUCAUUUGCAAAAAAGGCAAGGACACUAGGCUGCUAAAGUUUGAAGGUGUUAGAAAAUUGCAAAAGCAACCGAGAUAUUCCUGGGUUAUAACACUAUGGCUCCAUACAUCUGACCCUAAACCUGCCUAAGACAGAAACCUUACUAGAGGUAUCGAUGCAAUGGUAAUGACCUCAGGCAGGCUUUAAGAUUCUAGCAUUCUUGCUCAAUCAAUUUGGAGGCAAAGUACCUGGCUCAAUUCCCGAGAUUAAGAAUUUUGCGUUUACAAGAUUCAAAGCUGAAUACCACCUUUUUUGUAAGCUGGAUGUGAAUCUUCCAAAUGCAGUCAUAGUUUACAGUUCCUCAAGUUCAGUGCUGAGGAGUUUGUAGUUACUUGGUCAAGUGGAAUUACGAGAUGUUUUGGUGGACCUCAGGCAGGUAAGCAAUACACACCAACAACAUCCCCUCUCCGGAUUAAGGCGUUUGGUGUUGUUUUCAGCUGCACAGGUGCUGCUUCUUGCUGUUGCAGGGUGUGGGUUGUGCUCCUGGUGUGUGUAGGCUGUUCUGCAGGGAGUCCAGGUGCUGCAAGUCUUCAGGGAGUGUGGUGUUCGAUUGCUGCUGUGUGCAAUCUUGUGUUGUGUACCCUUUUAUUGUGUCUCCUGUGUUUGGUUGUUAGGGAGUGGUCUGUACUCCUCUAACGUUUUCUGUUGUUUCGUUGUCUAGAUGCUUUUGUUCAUACCUUUUGGUAUUAAAUUUAUGUUUUGGAGAUAAAUAGCUAGCUAAUUUGAUAGUUUGUACAUGUGUAAACUUAAUUUGAUGAUAUGAUAUGAUUUGGAGUGAGCUAAGUACGUAUUAUUGCAUAUAUAAUAGAUAUUAAUAUAUAA